UGACUGGAUGAAUGUGAAGUAUUUNGCGCAACAGCGGUUCUGUUGCUGUUUUGCAGCAGGUGACCCCCACCCCUCAGCCAAAAUCCGUUUAUUAGAUGUGACCACAAGGUUGAUCAGGAGAAGCCACCAUGUCUUAAACCCAGGCGGGCCCUCUGGAGCCCUGUCCCCUCACCCUAGAUCCCCCUCCCCCUCCCCUAUCCACCACCUUACCCCUUCUCCCAGCCCCAUCCAACUUCAACACCUCCCUCCACAUGUGAGGGACAGGCUUCCGGGCUCCGGCUCGCCUCUGGCACACCCCCCCUCUCCCUCCAUAGAGAUGAGCCUGGAGAAGCACCAGCAGUUGGGUGGUGGUAGCGGAGGGGAGUUGGGCUCUGACCGGGACCUGCAGUCCACUGCUUCCUCCAUCUCUCUGCCCUCUGUGAAAAAGGCCCCCAAGAAGAGGCGCUUCUCCCUGGCCUCUCUCUUCAGGCUGCGAGGCCGGGAGCCCAAAUCAGGGCGCCAAAGGUCCCGAGAGCUCCAGUACCCGGGACCCAUUGGGCUAGUCGGUGUGGAAGGCAUCGCCAGCAUUGAGAGCAUCCACUCUGAGAUGUGUAACGAUAAGCACUCUGCCUUCUUCUCUGUGGCUGGGGUCGGAGCUUCCUCUGCUGCCGCCUCCACCUCAUCUGCCUCUGGGCCUUCCUCCUCUACCACCACCUCCUCCUCCUCUAAGGUGGGGGGUGCGGUGACGGCAGAUCUACUGGAGUGCCCGCUGUGCCUUCUGCUCCACUCCAGGGAGAGCUUCCCUGACAUCAUGACCUGUCACCACCGCUCCUGUAUGGAUUGCCUGCGGCAGUAUCUGCGCAUCGAGAUCUCAGAGUCUCGUGUCAACAUCAGCUGCCCCGAGUGCUCGGAGCGCUUCAACCCUCACGACAUCCGCAUGAUCCUGGGUGACCGGGCACUCAUGGGGAAAUAUGAGGAGUUCAUGCUGAGGAGGUGGCUGGUGGCUGACCCGGACUGCCGCUGGUGCCCUGCGCCGGACUGUGGGUUCGCAGUCAUUGCUUUCGGCUGUGCCAGCUGUCCUAAGAUCACGUGCGGCAGAGAGGGCUGUGGCACAGAGUUCUGUUACCACUGUAAGCAGCUGUGGCAUCCCAACCAGACAUGUGAUGCAGCGCGGCAGCAGAGAGCCCAGAGCCUCCGCCUGAGGACGGUGCGCUCCUCCUCCCUCAGCUACAGCCAGGAGAGCGGAGCUGCAGCUGAUGACAUUAAGCCAUGUCCGCGCUGUGCUGCUUACAUCAUCAAAAUGAACGACGGCAGCUGUAACCACAUGACCUGCGCUGUGUGUGGCUGUGAGUUCUGCUGGCUGUGCAUGAAGGAGAUCUCAGACCUGCACUACCUGAG